AUGAACCGCCCAUUGCAUUUGGACACCCAAGUGGGACAUAACAGGCGGUACUCAUUCAUGGAGACUCCUGCGGAAAUGCAAUCCGCUGUGCAGUUUCCUGAAUCGAUUCACUCGUCGCCAGCACCCGCAAUGUCGAGCCCGGUCCAGCAGCCGACGACACAGCCGGCGACAGAGCAUGCAAGCCAACAAGCAGAGCAAGCGGUCCGUCAUUUCUCUUCGAAUGAGAAGGAACGACACCUACAGGAGGAGGGCAUAAUUCCGACGUACUCUAAAUAUCCGCCACCGGAUCAACAUCCUGCUCAUUAUGCCCCCUCUGUCGAACCGUAUGUCCAAACACCCCCAGAGCAUCAACCGGCCCAUUCGCCGCCAUACGCAUCCAACCACUACACCCAGUCUCCAGGCUCUCCAGGUCCCUUACCAUUGAAGAACACUCCGGAAGCUUCAAAUUUAAAUGACACAUUUUCUAUCGCACCUGAUGCAAACCCACUCCAGUCGCCGAAAAUACCGUACUUUCCACCUCCCACCGCCACUCCAGCCUCGCGAGCGCCGAUAAGCGAGGACCUGAGCUCAUACCACCAACCAGGACAAAUAAUGCACCCAGAUCAAGAGGUGCAGGGCGGAAACUGGAGCCAUGGUCUCUGCGAGUGUUCCAACAUUGGAACGUGUUGUUUAGGGCUCACAUGCCCCUGCAUUCUAUACGGCAAGACGCAAUAUCGACUAUCAAUGAAAUCGAAAAAGGGAGACCCAACCAAUAUGCUGGGCUACGAGACUUGCAAUGGAUCAUGCACUGGCAUGGCCUUGCUUUGUGGUUGCCAAUGGCUACUGGCUACUAUCCAACACACUAGAACAAGAAAAACAUAUGGAAUCGAAGGUGAUAUCGCAUCGGACUGUGCCCGAGCGACUUGCUGUACGUGCUGCAUUUUAAUUCAGGACGAGAAAGAGAUUCAGAAGCGGGAAGAGCAGAGGAGCCGGGCAGCGCUUGAGCGAGGCGCGACUUUACUUUCCCCAUACACGGCGCCGAGGCCGAUGACAUAUUUCCCGCCACCGGAGAAGUGA